AUGUGUGGAAUCUCUGCGUGUCUCUCGCUUGCACCGGCUAGGAAUGGCUACGCGAAACAUGCAGGUGUUACCAGCAACGGGGAAUCCAGGCCCCGCAUCACGACCAACAGGGAAGGACAUCCUCUUGCUACGCAGCUUCAAGCCUCGUUGGAUGUGAUUGCCCACCGCGGCCCUGACGAUUCCGGGGUCUGGAUAAAUGAGACCGAGAAGGUCGGGCUGGGCCACUGUCGGCUCUCCAUCAACGAUCUAUCAUCUGCUGGGCGUCAACCUCUCCACAGCAGCGACGGCCACGUUCACGUUGUGGUCAAUGGCGAGAUUUACGACUAUGAUCGAUUACGGUAUGAGUGCGAAACCGUUCACCAUUACGCCUUCCAGAGCGACAGCGACAGCGAACUUGUGCUGGCGCUUUACCAAGUCUUUGGUGCCCCAGGGUUCUUUGCCCAUCUGCGAGGGGAAUUUGCAUUUGUGCUCUAUGAUGACCGCCCAGGUUCUCGACGAUUGAUUGCGGCACGCGACCGUUAUGGAAUCAAGCCGCUGGUCUAUACUCGACUCGGGUCCAGCCUCCUCAUCGCGUCCGAGGCCAAGGCUUUCUUACCUUUCGGCUGGAGUCCUCGCUGGGAUGUUUGCGCAAUUGCCGACGCAGGUUGGAUGUUUGACGACCGAACGCUGUUCCGCGGUGUUCGAAAGGUGCUACCAGGACACUAUCUUGAAACGACGGAAGAUGGCGGCGUGCGACAGGUCCAAUAUUGGGAUGCUGAAUACGAAGACAAGAUACGCACCAUGGACGAAAUGGUAGCUGGCGUUCGUGAGCGGCUUGUCGAUUCUGUCCGUCUCCGCCUGCGUGCCGAUGUGCCUGUUGGCAUCUACCUUUCCGGGGGGAUCGACUCUUCGGCCAUCGCGGGGAUCGUCACUGAUCUUGCACGGAAGGAACAUGCCAAGAUUGGAAGCGAACACACCACUGGUGUGACCUGCUUUAGUGUGGCUUUCCCGGAAAUCUCGGGCUACGACGAGUCGCAGAUUGCCGAGCGCACCGCUGAAUGGCUUGGAGUCAAGACCAUCAAGAGAACUAUCACCGAGGAGACGCUGGCUGAGAACUUCGAAGACGCUGUUUUCCAUUGUGAGCACCACCACUUCGACCUCAAUUUUGUGGCCAAAUUUGCGCUGUCCACAUUGCCGCAGGAACACGGCGUCAAGGUCGUCCUGACUGGCGAAGGCGCCGACGAGCACUUUGGGGGCUAUCCAUACUUUUUCAGCGAGUUCCUCCGCGAAGCCGAUGAAGCCCUCCCGGACUCUCAUUUUUCUCAAAACAGUAGCCUUCGGAGCCAAAUGUUCGAAUCGGCGCAGCGGGAGAUGAAAGGCAUUUGGCAAAAAGGUGGUGCCACCGCGUACGAGAAUAGACCAGCCGUUCCAAGCAUCGCAGGGCCGGGGGCAGCAGACAUGAGCGAUAAUCUGCUCGCGUGGCAUCCCAGCGCCUCCCUUUUUGCGCCGUGGAUACAAGCACGACAAGGCAGCGACGAUUGCCGCAGAACCAUUCUCAACUCGUAUCCAAAAACCGUCCAAGCCAAGAUGCGGACCCGAUGGCAUCCCCUCCAUACUUCCAUGUACAUGUGGAACAAGAACUCGUUGGCCAACGUCUUGCUGUCAUGCCUGGGCGAUCGCACAGAGAUGGCACACAGUGUCGAAGCGCGCACGCCAUUUCUCGACCAUCACCUCACUGAGUAUGUCAACCGAUUGCCUCCAAGCGCCAAGUUGCGCUACACGGCGGAAACUGCAAGCGACUCCGGUGAAGUGGGCCCGAUCUGGACCAAGUCCAGCGUUGCGUUGCAAUCUCUGAAUGAAAAAUGGAUCCUCCGCGAGGCAGUACAUCCUUAUAUAACGGAUGAACUGUACCGGCGAAAAAAGCACCCGUUCCUGGCUCCCACUCGAUGGGGGAAGGACGGGCCAUUGUAUCGAAAGCUCAAGGCCCUGCUGACACGAGACGCUGUAGAGGGCCUGGGUUUUGUUAGCUGGACCACGAUCCAGGACGCCAUGGGGAUUGCCUGGGGUGAGGCUGCAGACCCCAAAGCCUUUCGACUUUUGCUUUAUUGUGGUGCCUGGGUCACCCUUAGCCAGCGUAUGGGUGUAGCCAGGGCAGACGAGGCUGAUUGGGAAUUACCCGCACUGUAG